GCAGCAUGUUGCGCGGCUUGGAGGCAUGUCCCCGGCACUUGCUUGUGUGUGAGAAGUCCAGCUUUCUGCAUGAGAAGAGCCGGCACUCGGCGCUGGUCCAGUCUCAUUACUAUAACUGCUCUGUGUCCCUUUUAUUGCCGGAGUGUGCUAGUUUGCCAGAACACAUUAAAAGGACUGUUGACAACUUUGGGAGAUAUUAUCUUGUAAGGAAUCUGCCACUUCAUGAAUUUGUAAAAGAAGACUUUAUAAAUACAUUUGUAAAGAAAGGGGCAUUCUAUGCACUUACAUAUAGAACAAGGAUUGACCAAGAUAAUAGUGCAGCACUGUUGCCAACAGGAAAGCUAAUUUUAUCAGUAGACAAAGACACCUAUGAGGAACUGGGUCUUCAAGGCAAACCAUCCCUUUAUUCUGGUAAAAACCCUCUGCGAUACAUUAUUAAAAUUGACCUAACUGAAGAAGGUCUAGCUCCUGGUGGCAAGAAAUUUCAGCGUCUAAACUGGGCAUUUACUGAAAAGAAACCUUUAAAAUGUGACUUUCUCCUAGCUUGGGAUAACACAGGAGCACCUUCCAUAUUGUCAUACUUUUGUAAAUACACUGUGAAAGAGUGUAACUUUAAAAUAACUUCAAGGAUAUCAAGAGAUUUGCCUUGCCCUGUGUUGAAGAGUGGAGACCUGCAUGGGAAACCUGAAGAAUCUUGUAGUUCUGAAGAGCUUUUUGACUGGCUCGGUGCUGUGAGCAAUAGCAUUGACUGUGAUAAUGAUUCUUCCAAUUUCAUAUCAGCCUUUUGUUGCCCUCAUCCAAAUACCAUGGUAGAACGUGCACAUUUGUGUACAAUAAAUGGAUUUGUAACACCAGAGAAUAUUCAAAGGCUACUGGAUCAGUUACGUGAGUAUUUUGCUGAACCUAAAUUAACCCAGUGGGUGUCCCUUAUUGUGCAUGGUUUUGCCGACAGCCCCGUGUCUUGGAAAGAGUGUGAACAUGGAUUCUUCAAGGGUGGGGAAAACCUGUACAGCGUUGUUGUAUUUAACAACCAGGACUACUGGCUGCAGAUGGCUGUUGGAACACAUGAUGGUUGCCCUCCAUAAUUCUGAAUAUUAUAAAACAAUGAUCAAUCAAACUUAUUGUGUAAGCUUCUUGCAGUUAUAAACACUGCUGUACUGUUUGAAUAAUAUUUAUUUUCAUUAUUACAUAUUUUUAUAUGGAAAAGAAUGCAUACAUUUGACUAACAGACUGCUAUAAUAAAAUAAAUGAAAACCAUUUCAUAGA